GUGAGAGAGGACAGGAGCGUACACACACAGCGUGUCUAGCACUGCAGGGAACCAGCCGGAAUCACACUCUCUCUGUCUCUACUACUACUACUACUACUACUACUACACCCACCCCAGAGGUGUCCCCUCCUCCUUUUGCAUCUGAGGACCGUAUAAAUCAACCUGUGGGACAGUGAGAAGAGGACUCUGAGACUCUCAACUUUGGGAAAUAGCCAAGGGAAAAGGAGCAUCACAUCUCCCUUUGGGUGUGUGUGUGUUUCUGUGUGUAAAGGACUUAGGCAUUUGCGACAGAACAAAAUCAGACCUCAAGUACAUAUUUCUAGUGUGUGUUCUUUGAUUGUGAAUAUCUCAUGAGAAAAUGCUCAAUGCUGUGGGUGCAGUCAUCUUGGGUUACUGCCUGACCCUGGGAAUGGGCUACAGGACGACUUCGGAUCCCAGUGGCAAGAGGCAGUUUCAGAUCCAGAACGGGCCAUGCAGCUACACGUUCCUGCUACCGGAACAGGACAACUGCCGGACAGCCGCUGGGGAUGCAGAGACCAACCUGGUCCCGAAUGAUGACCCAGAGGAAUAUGAGGCCAUCCAGAGGCUGGAACAACUGGAGGGCAUUAUGGAGAACAACACCCAGAGGCUUCUCAUGUUGGAGAACUACAUCCAGGACAGCAUGAAACACGAGAUUGCCCAGAUACAACAGCAUGCUGUGCAAAACCACACAGCAGCCAUCAUUGAGAUUGGGACAAACCUGCUCAGUCAAACGGUGGAACAGACGCUAAAGCUGACGAAUGUUGAGGCCCGGGUUAUAAAUCAAACGACUCGACUUCAACUUCAACUUCACGAGAACUCUCUAUCAACCAACAAACUGGAAAAACAACUCAUCCUCCAAACAAACGAAGUAAGCAAGCUGAACGAAAAGAACAGCUUCCUGGAGAAGCGGGUGGAGGAGAUGGAGGAGCAGCGGCUAGUGGAACUGAAGGGCCUGCGGGAGGAGAAGGAGCAGCUGAAGCAGCUGGUCCAGCGGCAGACCAGCGUCAUUCAGCAGCUGGAGCAACAGCUAGUCCACGCCACCUCCAACAACUCCGCCCUGCAGCAGCAACAGCAGGAGCUACUGGACACAGUCAACAACAUCAUUGACUCCAUCUCCACCUCCACCAUGACUAGGUCUGCCAUGAUGCGAGAUGCCCCGACAGUGUUUAGGGAUUGUGCAGCAGUUUUUAAAGCCGGAAGCACAAAGAGUGGAGUCUAUUCACUGAAUCUCCCGAGCAUGACACAGCCAAUCAAGGCCUAUUGUGACAUGGAAACAGAGGGAGGUGGAUGGACAGUUCUGCAGCGAAGGUUCGAUGGUCAUGUUGACUUUCACCGUACGUGGAAAGAGUACAAAAUGGGUUUUGGGGAUGUCUCAGGAGAACACUGGCUGGGGAAUGAGUUCACCUCUCAGAUGACAUCAGAUCAGACAUAUGUCCUAAGAAUUGAACUGCAGGACUGGGAGGGAAACUCCGGAUAUUCGCUAUAUGAUGAAUUUUCCCUUGCCGACGAAUCACAAAAUUACAGGAUACACCUUAAGGGCUACAGUGGAAGUGCAGGCAAAAUCAGUAGCCUUGGCCAGCCAGGAAGUGACUUCAGCGCAAAGGAUGCGGACAACGACAAAUGUGUGUGCAAGUGUUCACAGCUGACCUCAGGAGGUUGGUGGUUUGACGCCUGCGGCCCCUCCAACCUCAAUGGCAUAUACUACCAACAAGGCCAGAACACCAAUCGCUUCAAUGGAAUCAAAUGGUACUACUGGAAAGGUUCGGGAUAUUCACUGAAGGCCACAACAAUGAUGAUCCGUCCUGCAGACUUCAAACAGGCUGCUCUUAAGUGAAUCGUCAAGGAACUGGGGAACUGGGACUAGCACAGAAGCACAUUUUCAACGAGUUCUUGAGAACGAUCCAAGUGUUUGAAAGGAGGAAAUGUGAAUAACUUUUCAAAGAGAGAAGCUAUAAAGAGAAAUGCCAGGAUAUAUGAAUCAUAGGCAACGAAAGCACUUGAUGGACAGUUUUCUAGAUUAAAGGAGUCAUUUCUAUCAUUCCAUUCCUUGAUGAAUUUACAUUUACAUUUGCAUUCUGGCAGGGGCCAUAGUGUCUUUGUGAUUUAAUGUGCCAUGAAAAAAAAGCCAAUUGAUUCAAAUUAGUCAAACUAUGACAAAAAAGUAUCAUUACAAGACAAACACAGACACAUUAGGUCAAUGCUCAUUAUUUUGGAACCAUUAUAUUUAUUUCAUUAGCGUACAUUGUAAAUAUUUUGUUUUCCUGUGUUUUAUGAGGUUUUACUGAAAAGAAACCAUGGUACAGAGACGAAAACCUCAAGGAGAUUGUAGUAUAGAUUUAAAAUUGCACAGUGAUCGAUCAUCAAGGCCCUUGGUCCUUGUUAACAACAAAUGGCUUCUGCCCUUAUGUAUUGAACAUAUUAAUUUAGCAUGACACGUCUUGCUCGCACAAUGUAACAUACAAACCUUUUUUGUGAACUGUUUGCAACUAGUAAGCUAUGGUUACAACACUGCUGCUGUUGAUAGCUUUCAUCAAAUUGUGCACAUGAUCUUGCAAAUAGAGCCAAGACAUUCCAACAAGAACAUUUCAAAUUACACUAUACAUUUGGAGCUUUUGAUAGAGCACAUUGUUAUGAAAGUAGCAUGUUAUCAUCUGGUUCAAAAACAGCUUUCUUUCCUCUUCACUGACAUAUCUUUCUUCAAGUAGAGAACAUUUUCAGUGACAGAACUUUUUUAUGAGGUCACGUUUUUACAACAUAUAGAAGUAACUUAUUUUUUAUUUUUGGAAUAAAUGACCGUUACUGUUAACUUAUUGUACCCCUUUCCUCCUCUCCUUAGUUUUUUGUUUUUUUUGUGUAUUAUUCCUUUUUUUUUUUACAUUUGAAGUUACCGGAGAUUGGAUGAAUCUUGUGUAAUUGUACCAUGAUUUUGUCCAUUUUUCAUAUGGAAACAGUUUACAUACAAUCUACAAAAAAAUAUUUUAUUGUUACAAUUUUUUAAAAAAUAUGUUUUGUCAUAUUAUUUUGUCAAGAGACGUGUUGUAAACAAAACAAAACAAAGCAACAAUAAACUAUCCAUCUAUGAUGGGUGACUUC